GUCCGAGCCUGCCCACCACCACCAGUCCACCGCUCCGCUCCUCUCCACUGCCGCCGCCACCGCACCCCAAAACCCCCGCCCCGGCCGGAGGGGAGGAGAGCGACCGAGAGGAGGAAGCGGGCGACCGGCCGGCGGAGAUGCAGAUCUUUGUGAAGACGCUGACGGGGAAGACCGUCACGCUGGAGGUCGAGAGCAGCGACACCAUCGCCAACGUCAAGGCCAAGAUCCAGGACAAGGAAGGAAUCCCACCGGACCAGCAGCGGCUCAUCUUCGCGGGGAAGCAGCUGGAGGACAACCGCACGCUGGCCGACUACAGCAUCCAGAAGGAGUCCACGCUGCACCUGGUGCUUCGCCUCCGCGGUGGCGGCAGGGGCGGCUACCCUACCAUGACCGUACCGUGGGACCUCAUCAACCUUGCCCGCAAGCACAAUGAGAAGAAGAUGGUCUGCCGCAGUUGCUAUGCGCGCCUUCCCUUUAGGUCCACAAACUGCCGCAAGAAGAAGUGUGGCCACACCAACGAGCUGAGGUCAAAGAAGAAGUUCAUCUCCAAGUUUCAGAACGGUCCGUGAACGGUUUGGAAAUCGAGCGAAGUGACAUUCUGGAGUGCUGAACCUUAUUUACUCUCCUGCUGUUUCAAUGCGUGCAGUGGCAUGCCUGAGAAUCUAGUGAAAUCCUUUUGGCUGAAUGCUGAAACUUUUGUCACUGUUUUCUGAAUGCUGCUUGAGUUGUUCAGCUUGGAAGGAAGAUGAGAACAAUUAGUUGGGCAAAGGCAUCUAUAUUGUUUCUGAUUGUCUCUUAUGUGAAUUGCAGAUGCAUGAUACAGAAUAGUCGCCUGUUAGUGAUUAACUCACUAGCAGUGGUAGCACUUGCUACUUAUUGGUGACAAACUCAAAGGCAGCAACAGUAACUGGUGAUGAACUUGCUUGCGGCAUUUGAGUCAUCGCUGUUGGGUAAGGACGACAGGGUGUGCAUUUGAUCAAGUGAUCUUUGAGUUGCGCUCCGUACUGGCUCUGUUUCAUCCAUUGGUUAUGUAGUACACACUAGCAAACUUCACUGGUUUAACUGUUGCGGCCGGCCAAAGUUCUUUUGGCUGGAUGAAAAACUUUUGUCACUC